AUGAUCCUCAACGAUCUUGUCAAGGAGAACAUCCCUGACAUCGAUCAAUGGAUCUCGAAAGCGAGGUUGGAUCAUGAAACGCUGACGUCCCAAGCGGACAACGUUGAAAAGGCUGGCGCUAGAGUCAGCUUCUGGUCACUCAAGGGACCUGUGAAAACGGUCUCAUUACUUGUGGACGCCCGUAGCAUCAAAGAAUCGACAGAGAUGCUACGGGGCAAAGUGCAAAGGGUUUCGGACAUCGCACAUAACAAGCGGAUGGGAAAUGGGACUCUCAUGAUCCACCGAAUUUCAUCAAAUCUAUCACUCAUCUCGACACGUUCUGAAGUAGCUGGUACUGCCACCAGGCCAUCAGUCAUAGCUGCACAGGGGGCGCUAGGAGGGAACGGCGGAACUACUGGACAGGAUGACCCUCUAUCCGAUGCCAUCCGCAUAGACAUCGAACCUGAACAGAUCUUCAGAGACGAACAGCCAAUUGUCUCGAUUCUGCUCGAACAUAAUCCCUGGGCAGACACUGCUAACCACGAGUAG